AGCCAUUCAUGUCAUUGUAAUUCACCGAGUAACUUUCGAAUCGCUCCUGUAAUGUACAUUGUUGUUAUGUUGGUAAUCACGAUAGCCCUGAUUCAUGCUGAUGAAAAUCCGCCAGACAUGAGUGUAAUCCGAAACUCGACGGGAUAUGGAUGUUCCACGCCAAUAAUGGAAUAUGAGCCGUACUGCGGCCCACUAAUUACAAAAUAUUAUUACAAUCGCACAGCACAAAGAUGCCUAUCUUUCAGGUGGAAUGGCUGCCUGCGCGACGGUGUUUAUGACACGCGCAUCGAUUGCACGUAUCAUUGCAGUCCUGACGAAGACGCUUCAAUCUGUGAGGAACCUCGAGAGGGCAACUGUUCAAAACCACAGUACCCUUAUAAGACGCAGUACUUCUAUAACAUAACAAGCCAAACUUGCGAAACAUACAAUAUCUGCACAAGCGUCGGAGUAUUCCCGACAGUCAACUCAUUCAACUCGAAGACGCUUUGUGUACUCCAAUGCGGCGGCUUUACUCUAAACAACACCAAGAGCGGACGAAGUGAUGGGCGCCAACUUCUCGCUUUGCUAGAUACCGAUCAAAACAUCUGGAUAACUAGGAGAAGUUAUAACAACAGUUCUCUUGUUCUAAGCGAAUUCUGCAUUAAGUAUCGAAAACGUACGUUGGAGAAAUCAGAAAUCGUGGGCCCCUACCCUUAUGAUUACGACUACGAGUUCUUUUACGAAUGGGUCACCGACCAAAGAACGUACCAGACUCGCUAUUAUGGUCACAUUGCCAAAUAUAGUAAAUAUUAUUCUGAAUACAUGGACUAUGUCACGGAUGAGGGGAGGGUCACGAAAAAGCUUCUAUAUUGGAGUCUAAAACAUAAGUGUGGAAUUAUGAGGGCUAGUCGAAACGAUCGAGUCAGUUGGUGCGAGCUACACCUUUGGGAGGAACGCCUUAGAAAGUCAUACCAGAACAAAAAUUACACCGACUGUCGGGAGGAGCUGUCGAAACACUGCCCGAACAAUACUGAACAGGAAGUCCUUCGAGCUGAUUGCCCCAACGUAUUCUUUCCGGGAUUUCGAAGAGUGUAUUUGUAAAAAGGAAAUAACGU